AUGUGGAGAGGCUUUGCCAUGUGGAGCUUGGGGGCCUGGUGCAUGCUGGGGCGAGUUUUGAGCCAAAGUGUCCAAAGCUCUCCCGACACGAGCUGCAUGUUGCAGUUCUCGGCAGCCCAUCAAAACCUCGAUUCAUCGGAUCCGGACUGCUCUUCCAGCGCUGACUGGACGGAGCAGUUGCGGGUGACGGCGCUAAAUUCCACGAGCAGCAGCCUUUCCGGUAUAUCGACUUCCUCAGGAGCCGAAGGUGAUACCAGCCUCAUGGCAUGGUCACCGAAUUCGGGAACGGUCCCUGGUGAUGUACUCGUUUUCAAGUACUCAGCAUCUGCAGGAUGGGAGGUACAGGCGAACCUCACGGAAGUGGCAAGCCAGAACGUAACAUUGCCGGCUUCAUGGGCGGAUGACACGGCCCUGAGCAGCGAGAAGAUCGUCGUGGCCUCGGAGAGAGUGAACGUGGCUGGGGUUAGGGAAACGCACACCUUCAAGUACGACGGGGCUUCCUGGGUUUUCUUGGGACAGCAGUCAUUUCCAUCCAUUAACUCCCUCUUGUUCGCUCUUGGGGGAGACUUGCUGGUCUUUGAGGGCGCACAAGCAUCGAACAGGGUCUUCCAGACCUUCCAGCUGCAAGGAUCCUCGUGGUCCCUCGUGCCCACUGCUGAAAUACAGCUUGUCUCCAGCGAAAUUCCCCGGUUCGCGAGUGAUGGUAGGACUUUGGCCAUUCAGCUGGAAUCACAGGUGUUUGUCUACCGGUGGGCUGCGAACUCUUGGUCCAAUGUAGCAAACAUCUCAGAACCAACUGGAUUUGGUCUCGGACCUGUGGACGUGGACGGAGACUACAUCAUCGCCAGCUGGGUCAUCGUUACAGACACUUUUCGGUUGGAGACGGCGAUCUACGAAGACCAGAGCGGGCUGUGGUCAGAAGUCUUCCGGAUCGAAAACGACCCGAGUGGAGUUCCCUUCACGCGGGUACUGGAGAUCUCCUCCUCUGGCAAGGCCAUCGUGGACUGUGCUUCUGCUGUGGGCUGCUCUGGUAUCACCAUCCUCGAGGUGAGUUCCAACGGCACAUGGGGCGUGACUCAGACGAUCGACUACGUUCCGUCGGCUUCACGGGCCUUUCCGAGCGGUGCCAUAUCAGCGAUCUCACUUGCCGUGGCCCAGUGGGUUGUGCCCGCCGCAGGGCCCCGUGAGAGCAUCGGAAGGAUCUUUGGAUGCAAUGGGACUUCCCCGACCUCCACAACGACCAUGCCUUUGCCGUACUAUCGGCCGUACUAUGGUAGACGCUGCCCUCCUCGCUGUCGUCGACACUAUCAUCGACCGCCUUGGUUUUGGUGGAGAUGCAAACGCCUCUGUGGCAACUGGUAA